AUGGCCGCCGGGAGCGUUCUCUCUGGUCGGUUAGCUUUAGUUACUGGUAAGAUUAGCUAACAUGUGUAGAGCUUCCCAUGCUUUUGAUUUCUUUCUGGGUCAUACAAUUACCUGUCAUGCACCUAAAAGUAUGCAUUUAAUGGGACUGGGAGAGCUGGUCACAUAGUUUUUACUUUGAUUCUGGAGGAAAGCGUGAGAUAAAAUUGAGGCCAAAAAAGCCAAAAGUUAUUGUGAUCAAUUGCAAUAUGCUAGGUGGUGCCAGUGGUAUUGGUCGAGCAGUUUGCCAAGCUUUAGCAACAGAAGGAGCAAGUAUCAUAGUUACUGAUCUUAACAUUGAAGGAGCACAGGACACUACUGACACCCUUUCAAAACAUGCCAACAACAAACACAUGAACUACUCUUUGGAUGUGGCAAGUGGAGAAGAGAUACAAAAAGUGCUUGAGUGUAUCAUCAGUGAGUAUAAGAAGCCACCAUGUAUCUUAGUCAAUUCAGCUGGAAUCACAAAAGAUGAAUUCUUGAUAAAGAUGGAUGAAAAAAAAUUUGACAAAGUUAUUGAAGUGAAUCUCAAGGUAAGAGUCAAUGAUGUUUUUAUCACUAAAAGCUAAAAAAACUUCAGAUAUAGUAAGUAAUGUGUAACUAUGUCAAAGAAAUAACUGAUACUGAUCAUUUUCCAUUGUAUUUACUUAAUUUAGGGAACUUUUCUUGUCACUCAAGCAGUGGCUAAACUGAUGGUCAGUCAAAGAGUUACAAAUGGAUCUAUCAUAAAUCUUGCCAGCAUAUCAGGAAAGGUAUGUUUCUUUACAAAACCAGUAAUUUUUUGUGCUCUGAUCAAAGUUACAAAUAAGUACCAGAGGUUCCAAGAUAACAAUCAUGGUCAUUUACACUUAUAUAGCCAUUUUCAUGUUGAGAGACAGGUGCAUCGAGUGACUUUUUAAUUGUUCUCUAAAGCAUAUCACAGAUUCUAAUGAGCAGAAAAGAUAAAAUUGAAAUUAAACUAGGCACCUGGAGAUGUUUACAUGGGAUGCAAUGGUUGUUUUCUACAGUCAGUUUGGUUUUUACAAGGAAAAUAAUUAAUUUGAUGUUGACUCUUCAAAGGAAUUACGAUCAACUCGCCGACGGACCAACUUGCCGACGCCAACUCGCCGACGUAUAAAAUCAAGAAGAGAAGUCGGCGAGUUGGUCGUCAAUCCAAUACAACUUAUUAGAAGUUAAACAUACAGAAAAGUAAACGAUAUUUAGUAAAAAAACACUGGUGAACAUUGGUGAACAUCUAACAGAAGCUUAAACAUUGGUGAACAUCACCAAUGACUAUAACAGCUUAAGACGCGAACGAGAUAAUUAUUGUGCGACAACAACACCGUAAAGACUCAUCAUGUCAAUCGCUCAGAUUUUUUAACGAAAACUUGGCUUUCUAGAUGAGAUCUUUAGUAAAAAGCAUUUCUUUUUAUUUGCAACAAAGUUUAUAAGGAUCUCAAGGCGAAUAAAGCGAAGUAAACAUCACCAAUGACUCACACAACUCAUUGGCGUCUACAGCCAAUUUUGUUCAUUGGCACAAUAACUUGUUCUCGUCUUAAGCUGUUAUAGUCAUUGGUGAUGUUCACCAAUGUUCACCAAUGUUUAAGCUUCUGUUAGAUGUUCACCAAUGUUCACCAGUGUUUUUUACUAAAUAUCGUUUACUUUUCUGUAUGUUUAACUUCUAAUAAGUUGUAUUGGAUUGACGACCAACUCGCUGACGUCCCUACUUGAUUUUAUACGUCGGUGAGUUGGUCCGUCGGCGAGUUGACUGGUUACCCUUCAAAGUACGGGAAUGUAAUUGAAAAAAUUAAGACAAUAAGAAGGAAACUCAAUGAUGCAGGAUAUUGUGUGGUCACCCAUUCUAUUCAUAACUCCAGCCAACAGGGCUUAACCUCAGUGAGAAGCACAAGCAUGUGGCUAGUGAGUGUAUGGCUAAUUUCCUUAUCUGACACAGAUGACAUUCACACAAAUUUUUAAUGUGGUCUGCUAGAGCCAACCUAUGUAAAGAAGGAAAGGGCACAAUCUUCAUUGAUUGUGAUUGUAAUGUAUUAUUAUGUUGUCUUCAUACCAGAUAGGAAAUCUUGGUCAAGUAAAUUAUGCUGCGUCCAAGGCUGGUGUUGAAGGUUUGACAAGGACUUGUGCAAGGGAACUGGCAAGGUAGCUGUGUUUGUGUGACAUUGAUCUCUACUUAAGAGAGACUCAGGCUAACUUCUCUGAGUAUCUGGACUCAUCGUGCAACAUACUUUCUAUAGGAGGAGGUGUGAGGAAAUGCAUGUAAGGCAGGGUCCAGGUUUUAGUUCUGGGUAGGUCAUUGUUUAUGUGCCUGAAGGCCAGGCACCUUAUCCUCACUCCACCUCUUUUGAAUAGUAUGCAUGGGUACAGGGAGGACAGACACAUAGAAAAUUGCGGAAGGGUGACCUGUGAUAGACAUGGAUUUGUAGGUAGGUGCUAUAGGUGCUAUAGGUGUAUCAACACUCUCACUUUCUUUAUGUUACAGAAACAAGGGUAAGCCCUGAUAGGUGGGGGUCACCAAGCUAUGGUUGUUUGAAUGACGGAUAACACUAUCCACUGGAUAAAUUCUCUAUCUGUUGGAUAGUGUGGUAUGUUUUUCUUACCCUUAUCUCCUGGAUAGUGAUUUAUUUGUUGAUAGUGUUGUUCAACCUUUAAACAACUGGGCCCUGGUGUGUUAGAUAGAAGCUUGAUAUACUGGUUGAACCCUUACCUUUGCACUCUGAGUAUUGUUAGCAGCUACUUUGUUGUGUGACUGCAGAUUUGGUGUUAGAUGUAAUGCAAUUCUGCCUGGCUUUAUUAAGACUCCAAUGACAGAUGCUGUCCCAGAGAAAGUUCUUGAACAGGUAAGAAAGUAAAAACGAAAACAUUCAAAACAGAAACAACCAUUGAUCACUCAGUUUUUUCCAACCUUGUGUUCAUGGUCUCUAUCUUUUUUCCUUAAUAAUGAGGUUGACCCUUUUCUUGAUUUGAAUUUUAUUUGCUAAAGAUGAUGUGAAUAUAACAAAUUCCCAGUUUGUUAAGUAGAUCUUGCAGUAGCUACAUGAUCUUUGUUGAGGCAAAUCCGUCCUAUUUGCUUAAUAAUUAAGCAUUAUAAUGAAUUGAAUUGAAUUGAAAUGAAAUGAAAUGAAUUGAAUUUUGAAUUAUUCAUCUUGAGCUCCCUCUCUUGCUCGCGCAUGCGUUUAAAUUCAUGCUUAGGCUUGCCUGUUUAAAUGCCCAUCCAAAUGAUAAAUUUGCGGUAUGCAUGUUGUUGUUUGUGUUUCGGCAGGUAAAGAAACAGAUCCCUCUUGGGAGAUUUGGGCAGCCAUCAGGUAAGAUUUAGAAGGAAAGCAGCCUGUUCUAGACGUGUGCAGUUGUGGCGAAGGAGUAAAUACCGAGAGAGGUUCAGAUCUUCUCCAUCAGACCUAAACCUGCUUUGCUUUCCACUUAAGGGUCACUAUUGCUCUCUUUACUCUUUACUUUUCUGAUAUAGUAUUGCAAUUUGUAGACUAGAUAAUUAUUCAUUCGUGUAAUUUUGACUAUACAUUGUUAUAUUUUAUAUAUUGUAUUUUACUUUUUUAUCUUUAAUUGUAAGGCGCAUUUGAAAACUGCAUAGUUGAAUUUGUGCGGCAUAAAUAAAUGUUAUUAUUGUUGUUAUUAUUAUUACUAUUUUUCACGGAUUUCACAACAUUUCACUAGACAAACACCUCGAACAGAACAAAUAUCCUUGUAAUUAUAUUGGGAUUGAUUACGAGUGUAACCUGCACAACAUAUCUUGAUAUGUGAUAAUUAAGCUCCAGUUCUUAAUCCUAAUUUUAUGUUAGCCUACGUGUAGCCGCACCCUCCCCACCAGGGAGUAACGGAAGGGAGGGAACCCCCACGUAGGCUACAUACAUGUCAGUUUUUGUAAAGGUAAAGUGAACUUUUCUAUUCUGAAUUGUUUUUAAUUUUAGGCUGUAUAAUACUAACUUUGCCUCUCUGCAAUUUUGUUAGAUAUAGCUGAUGUGGUAACAUUCCUCGCUUCUGAGAGGAGCAGUUACGUUACGGGAGUAAGCAUUGAAGUUGCAGGUAAUUCUUCUCUGAAAAAGAGUUUCACAUCGACCUAUUUAAAGCAAACACGUCAAAGAUGAAGAGAAAAAAUAUGUGGACGUAAUCUUUCAAAAAAGGAAAAAAAAUUGAGAAUAGAACUGGGCAGAUAUGAUAACAGUCAUUCAUGCAAGUAGUUUCGUUGGCUAAUAAUCAUCGGAACCUAUUUGUAGAAAUCCGAAAACUUCCGAACACUCCUGAAUGAUGACUCCAGCGCAUUUCUAAAGCUCUAAUCUCGAGAUCAAUGGCGGAAACUUGUGGCAUAGAACAAAUUAUGAUUAACUGUAAAUUAUCUCAAAUUUUUUAGUUUCUAAGAAAUUGAUGCCCUGCUUCCGUUGCCAAAUAAACCGCCAGAAAGAAUUUUAGGACGCUGACGUUGUACUGCAGGUGUAAUUGGCUGGUUAAAACUAUGAAUCCUGAUUGAUUCGAAAUAAUACUUUCUGAUUUUAUGGCAAAUCAAGAGUUGGUAGAUGUACAGUACAUCCGGCCGUUGCUUAGCCGUUUUGAGACGUUCGUGAUGAAAAAGUUUUUGAUAACGCAUCACGCGUUAUUGCAGAAUAUGUCCUGCUUUUGUAAUUGGCAAUGAUUGUUGCAUUAGAAUUCUGCUGACGAGCAUCUUUAUCGUUUGUCUUCUCUCUUAGGUGGCCUUGCCAUGUAG